UGGCCUUUUCCUCAGCUGUGUGGCCUUGGUGUUCUUCCCCAGGCUUAGAGUAAGGCCUUGCUUCUCUGGUCUCCAUGGGAAAUUUAAACCUUUCACGAUGUGUGAUAAUACUCUUUCGCGCGUCAGUGACUCUGGGGACGUGAUGCAAAUUCUCAGUACACUGGGGUGAAGAGGUUUAUGCCACGUUGUUCAGAACUACGGAAGGGUCGUCAGUGUCGAUGGAAAUAGCAAAAAUUAACAUGCAAGAAACAAAAAUUAAGCCUGGUUCGUGGAGUCUGCAGUGAACAGUGAAGUAGGCACCACACUCCUGGAACACCUCGAUUAAAACAAAGUGUUGCAGGCAAGAUGAGCAGCUCAUCCAAAAUAGACGGGUGUUCACAGGAGACAGUGGAGAUGUAACAGGAGACUGAACAGAACCCCCUAGAAGGCCCAGAUAUCCAGAACAGCUGCUGCUGAGGUGGACAGGCACAAAAUCCUACCUGUUUCCUGGACCACUCUGCCACAAGCAAAAGCCUUAAGUCAUUGAUGGAGGGUCUACAUAUAGUCUCCCAGAACACAGAUGUUGCUUUUGGGGGAGAAGCAGAAGCCAAAUCCCUCUGCCUCUGAGAGAGAAAUAGUAAACACACUCAAUCCCACGACAAAGGCGAAGACCCUUUAUUUCUUGGAGGUUGGGGGUAGAAGCAAAAUAUCUUCAUAAUUUGAUAUUAUUACUACCACUACUGGGGAAGGAGCAGAAAACCGUGCUGAAGACUAACUACUAAUACAUGAGGAAGAGACUGGGAAUACCAAGACUCACUUCUAAAGGAGGCGCAGGCACACAGGUACACUUCCUAACACUGAGGCUGGGAUAGGACCACAAAUAUUAUGGACAGUGGCAAGCAGAAUUACAUGCCCUGUCAUUUCCAGGAGACAUUACUGAGAGCCCACCCAGCUUGCUAGGCCAACUUCUGUGACUUCUGUUGGCUGCAUGCUGCAUGGGAAGGACCUGGGAGAACCUAAAGCCACACGAUGGAGGCAGUGACCUUUGAGGAUGUGGCUGUGAACUUCACCACAGAAGAGUGGGUUCUGUUGAAUCCAUCCCAAAAGAAGCUCUACAGAGAUGUGAUGAGGGAAACUUUCAGGAACAUGGCUGCUAUAGGAAGAGCCCGGGAUAACCAGGAAAUUGAAGAAGAGUGCAAAAAUUACUGGAGAAAUCUAAGAAAUGAAGAGGUAGAGAAAUGCUAUCAAAAUAAAGUUUGGAAUCAACAUGAAGAAGUACUCCUUUGGACUCCAGAUGCUGAUGAAGAGAUGAAGCAAGCUGGUUUAAAACCAUCUGAAAGCCUUGCUUGCAGAAAGCCCCUGAUUGGGCAUUUGUCACUAAAUGUGCCUAUUAUAGCUCACACUGGACUGAAGACAUAUGAGUACUUGGGAUCGGAAGAGCUGUGUAAAUAUAAUGAACAUGGAAGGACCUGUGAUUUUCAGUCCUUUCAGAAGCAUGCAAGGACAAAGAACAUGGAGAAACUCUAUGAAUAUGAUCAAUGUGGAAAAUCCUACUCUGAUCUUAGUGAAAGAACUCACCGUAGAGAGACCUUUAUUUAUAAGAAAAAUUUGAAAGACUCCAGCACACCCAGUGAUGUUCAGAUCCAUGAAAGAAAUCACAAUGGGGAGAAACCCUAUGUAUGUAAACAAUGUGGAAAAGCUUUCAGUAGGCGUCAACAUUGUAAACAACAUGAAAGAAUUCACACAGGGGAGAAGCCCUAUGUAUGUAAGCAGUGUGGGAAAGCUUUUAGUACACAGCGCUACUGUAAAAUACAUGAAAGAAUUCAUACAGGGGAAAAACCCUAUGUAUGUAAGCAAUGUGGGAAAGCUUUUAGUACACAAGAUUAUUGUAAAAUACAUGAAAGAAAUCACACUGAGGAGAAACCCUAUGUAUGUAAGCAGUGUGGGAAAGCUUUUAGUACACAAGAUUAUUGUAAAAUACAUGAAAGAAUUCACACUGGGGAGAAACCCUAUGUAUGCAAGCAGUGUGGGAAAGCUUUUAGUACACAAGGCUGUUGUAAAAUACAUGAAAGAACUCACACAGGGGAAAAACCCUAUGUAUGUAAGCAGUGUGGGAAAGCUUUUAGUACUCAAGAUUAUUGUAAGGUACAUGAAAGAAUUCACACUGGGGAAAAACCCUAUGUAUGUAAGCAGUGUGGGAAAGCUUUUAGUACACAAGGUUGUUGUAAAAUACACGAAAGAAUUCAUACUGGCGAGAAACCCUAUGCCUGUAAGCAGUGUGGGAAAGCUUUUAGUACACAAGAUUAUUGUAAAAUACAUGAAAGAAUUCACACAGGGGAGAAGCCCUAUGUAUGCAAGCAAUGUGGGAAAGCUUUUAGUACACAACGUUAUUGUAAAAUACAUGAAAAUAUUCACACAGGGGAGAAACCCUCCCAGAACCCAAAUCCCUCUGCCUCUGAGAGAGAAAUAGUAAACACACUCAAUCCCACGACAAAGGCGAAGACCCUUUAUUUCUUGGAGGUUGGGGGUAGAAGCAAAAUAUCUUCAUAAUUUGAUAU